CGUCGUUUAAUUUUUUUUAACUGUGAAAAGUGAAAAAUCCGUUUUCUGCCUUUUGCAUCGUAAUCCCAUUGCAGUAACUAUAUUAACUAGACAAGAAAAAUGAAAAGAAUAUGGAUCUUACUUGUUUUGAAUUUAAUGCAAAGUAAAACCAUAGUCACACAGUCCAGUAACGACACAAGCCUUGAAAGCAUUCCAGAAGACGGGAAAUUAAAUUUCUCAGAGCUCGCAGUAAAAUACGGUCAUAAGUGUGAUGAACAUCAAGUGGUCACCGAAGAUGGAUACAUCCUGACAGUGUUCAACAUCAAGGGUAACAAAAACAAGCCUGUGUUCUUGAUGCACGGUAUCAUUGAUAACUGCGACACAUUUAUAGUAAGAGGAAACACUUCUUUGGCCAUAACUUUGGCUAACCAAGGCUAUGACGUCUGGGCCGGCAACAACAGGGGCAAUAAGUAUAGCAAACGCCACGUGACACUGGACCCCGACGCUGAUAAAAAAUCUUUUUGGAAUUACAGUCAGCACGAACUUGGUGUGUAUGAUCUUCCUGCUAUGAUUGAUCUUGUGCUGAACCAAACUGGACAAACGGGGUUACAAGCGAUCGGCCAUUCUCAGGGGAACAGUAUCUUUUAUAUUCUUACUGCCGAGAAACCUGAAUACAACGAUAAAAUUAAACUUAUGAUUGCGCUGGCUCCCAUCUGCUACUUACACCAUGUAAAGGAAACCGUGCAGGUCAUCAUUGACGUGUGGCCAGUGAUCAGCCCAGCCUUGCAGUUGUCAGGAACAUAUGAACUACUCACCAGAGACUCCGCAUUGGUAAAAGCCAUCGAAGCACUAUGUACGCGUAAGCUUAUUGGAUAUGCUAUAUGCGCCACAGCCGUAUUCGCAAUCGCUGGACCCGAUAAGGAGGAACUAGAACCAGAAUUCCUUCCAAUACUUUUCGGGCACUAUCCUGAUGUUGCCACCAUAAAGAACGGCAACCAUUUGGUGCAAAUAGCUGAUAAGAAAAGGUUUACUAAGUACGAUUACGGUUUGCUGAGCAAUUAUAAAGUGUAUGGUUCGGCGAAGGCCCCUAACUAUCUGUUGGAGAAUGUGCGUAUACCAGUGGCGUUGCUGGUGGGACAGAACGACUAUCUUUCAACAGUGAAGGACGUGGCACUGUUGCGAAAGAACCUUCCAAACGUGGUGUACUACCACGAGAUGCAACGGCCCAAGACCAACCACGCUGACUUCGUUUGGGGCAAAAACAUGAAGGAUUACCUGUUUCCAUUAGUUUUGGAGCUCUUGCAAAAAUAUCAAUAAAGUGGCACUGAAACGGC